GGCGCCGGGGCCCUUUUUCGGAAGGCGAAGAGCGGCUAUGGCGGCGCCUCAGUCCGAAGGCGGUCCGGAGCCUCCGGGCGGGAAGCGGCGGCCGCACGGGAUGCUGAAGCUCUACUACGGGCUGCCGGACCCGGCGGGCGAGGCUUUGGUCGACCCGGCCAGGGGCGACCUCGGGGGUCCCACUGACAUCAACGGGCCCCACUUCGACCCGGAAAUCUACCUCACGAAGCUGCGGAAGGAAUGCCCCCUGGCUCAGCUGAUGGACUGUGAGACAGACAUGGUGAAGCAGAUCCGAGCCCUGGAUAGUGACAUGCAGACGUUGGUCUAUGAGAAUUACAACAAGUUCAUUUCUGCUACAGACACAAUCCGCAAGAUGAAGAAUGACUUCAAGAAGAUGGAAGAUGAGAUGGAUUGCCUGGCUGCCAACAUGGCCGUGAUCACGGAAUUUAGUGCCAGCAUCAGCGGGACCCUGCAGGAUCAACACGAGCAGAUCACCAAGCUGUCAGGAGUCCAUGCGCUUCUGCGCAAGCUGCAGUUCCUUUUCGAGCUUCCUGCCCGCCUGACCAAAUGUGUGGAGCUGGAGGCCUACGGGCAGGCAGUUCGGUAUUACAGCAAAGCCCGUUCCAUCCUCCACCAGUACCAGCAUAUGCCGUCCUUCCGGGGCAUCCAGGAUGACUGUCAAAAGAUCAUGGCUGACCUCGCUCAGAAGCUGCGUGAGAAAUUCCGGGAUGGAGGCUCUGGUGCCAAGGACUUAGCCGAAUGCGUGGAACUGCUGCUGCAGUUGGGUGAGCCAGCCGAGGAACUGUGCGAUGAAUUCCUCUCCCACGCCCACUGCCGUCUGGAGGGCGAGCUGCAGUCCCUGGAGCCUGAGCUGGGAGAUGGGCUGCAGCCAGGCGGGGCUGGCCCAGCGACCGACAUCCUUGAAUUCACUGACCGCGGCUGCAACAGCUUUGUCAGCAACAUUUGCCUGGUGAUUGCCUCGUACCAGGAGCUGUUCAUCAACCGGGAGGGCGCCCAGGGCAUUGCCCGCAUGGCCCACGACAAGCUGGUGGCUUUUGUAGAUGGCCUGAUGGAGCGCUACUUUGCCCUGGUGGAGAGACGCAUCCAGCUGGAAAAAGGUGUGGGGGACAACUCUCUGCUGGUGCGGGCGCUGGACCGCUUUCACCGGCGCCUGCAGGCAUUGGCCAAACUUUUGCCAGCUUCGCGGGCAGCAGCCGAAGGCACGGAGAUAGUCGUGCGCGCAGCCAAGGAGCGCAUCCAACAGUACCUCCAGGCCCUGCAGAGCUUCUACCUGGACUGCCUGACAGAUGUGCGGCAGUCACUGGCUGCCCCUCGCCUUGUGGGUAAGGACAGCCCCAGCCUGGCAGAGCUGCUGGGCACCAUCUCCGCCUCCAUCCUCAACCAGAUCAAAUCUGUCCUCACCUACGUUCACCUCUUCACAGCCAAGGACAUCAACUUCUCAAACAAGCCGUACUUCAAGGGCGAAUUCUGCAGCCAGGGUGUCCGUGAAGGCCUCGUGGUCAGCUUUAUCAAGUCUCUUUGCCAUACAGCGCGGCAGUUCUGUGAGAGUGCAGGCGACAAAGGAGGGUCCAGCCCCCCAGCUCUGUUACUGCUCCUUUCCCGUCUCUGCUUGGAUUAUGAGACCGCCACCAUCAGUUACAUUCUCACAUUAACCGAUGAACAGUUCCUGGUGCAGGACCAUUCCCCUGUGACGCCAGUCACUGUGCUGUGUACUGAGGCCAGGGAGGCUGCCCAGAAGCUGCUAAACCAUUACGUGAAGGUGCAGGGCCUGAUCAUCUCCCAGAUGUUGCGCAAGAGUGUGGAGACGCGCGACUGGAUCACCACCAUCGAGCCACGCAACGUCCGUGCCGUCAUGAAGCGUGUGGUGGAAGACGCCACCUCUAUUGAUGUACAGGUUGGGCUGUUGUAUGAGGAAGGUGUGCGGAAAGCUCAGAGCAGCGAUUCCAGCAAAAGAACCUUUUCUGUGUCUCGACAGCAGAGUCGCUAUGCGCCCAGCUACACACCUAGCGCCCCUAUGGAUACCAAUUUGCUGAGCAACAUCCAGAAGCUUUUCUCAGAACGCAUUGAUAUCUUCAGCCCAGUGGAGUUUAACAAGGUCUCCGUGCUGACUGGCAUCAUCAAGAUCAGCCUGAAGACAUUCUUGGAGUGUGUCCGCCUGCGCACCUUCGGUCGCUUUGGCCUGCAGCAGAUUCAGGUGGACUGCUACUACUUGCAGCUGUAUCUGUGGCGCUUUGUUUCAGACGAGAACCUGGUGCAUUUUUUAUUGGACGAAAUCGUGGGCAGCACAGCUCACCGGUGCCUGGACCCGGUGCCCAUGGAGCAGAGCGUCAUUGAAGUCAUCUGUGAGCGCGGAUAGAGCGGAGUGAGGAAUACCAGGACAGAGCCUUAUUUUGGACAGUCUGGCAGGUCCCAGUUUGCAUUCUCUGUUGCAUCUUCAGCUCUGUUCAGCGAAGGAGCUUUCGAAAACCUCAAGAGACAGCACUUCUGAUCACACUCCCUUUCUACUGUAUGUGAAGCAAUGUAGGAAAAAAAAGGGGCAAACUUGGGGAAGUACGCUGCAGCUGAAACAUCAGUGUGUGGGAAGAUUAUGAUAAAUAAAGAGUAACUUAAUUCUCUGCUGC